AGAAAAUUGGAAUAUUUAUAUGUUGACUGCUGUAUAUUAUUAAUGAAAUAAUAAUUGGGACAAAAUUUUGGAUCAAUAUUUUGGACAAGUUUGUGUUAUCCGUUUACUUCUGGUACCAGUUUUAACUACCAGAGGUCGAUUCUGAGUGACGUCUCCGAUAAUUUUUUCUUUUUUAAUUUCUUUAAAAACCGCUUAUAAAUAUAAAACGUUUUUCUCAAAGAUUUACAAGAAUAUAUUUCAAACCUUUUUGUUACAGUAUGCUUUGUUUAUUUUUAGAAAAAUAUUCAUGUUCCAAUCGAUUUGCUGUUAGUAUACUUUUAUCAGCAGAUGAUAACAUUCAAUCUAGAGAGAAUUUUCUACAUAGAGAAAAUCUCAAAUAAUUUUUUAUAAUUUGCAAUAAUUAUAUAUACAGUGAAAAAUUGUAUUUUGCAAGAUUUGCCGUUUUGCAGAAAUGGAUAACGCUCCGAAUUUUUAAGCUUUUUAUUAAUAAUGUUCUCGAAUGAGAAAGGUGAUUCAGACGUCAGUCUAGAGUUCUCCCCACGCUUGAAGGCUGGGGGAAAAGCUGUCGUGACGGCAACUCACUGGGCAAUCGUGACUGUAAAAAGCUUUGCGUUGUAUCCAUUUGAUAUCAUACACGUCAGUGACAAACAGUGUUAGCUAGCGUGUUCACAUACGAGCCUGGUGAUUGAUUGCGACAGAAGUAUCGCAAGUAGUUUACAAUUGCAAUUAAACAGCAUUAUCAGCACAUUUGUUUAUCUUCCUUCGCUGCACCUUGCAUUUGUCCUUGUCAAGUGAUACCAUUGAAAAUUAAUUAACAACGUGACAAUUGCUCUACCUGACAAUUGUCAUUGCUUUGUUAUUGUGCCAAACGAAGGAGGGGAAAAUUUAGGGGCGACAAACGUCGUUGACAACUUCCGUGAUUUUAUAGAGUGACGAACCGAUUUAAUUUUUUACUCAAGCGAAACGAGAAGCCAAAAUGGCAGACGAUAAAAAUGAUGACACGCCGGAGCGGGAUUCCGAAAGUAAAUUGAAUCCGGCGGAGGAGAGAUCGCGCUAUUUUAAAAAGUUGGAAGAAUGGCUCCAGGAGGCGUACGCCUGGCAAAGUGUCGCAGCGAUGUUUCCCUAUUAUAUGAUGUCAGGACAAUCUGUUACAAAUCCAACACUUGCUUCAGCAGCUUUCCAACCAAAUCAGGUACCAACAUCAAGUACACAAGGAGUGAUAAAUGGAAAUGUAGACAGACAAAACGAAACAGCGAGACAAAGGCGGCCUCAGGAACAACCUACGGGACCUUUUCAACCUCCAGGAACUGAUGGUUACGAAUAUCGAAUUCCUCCGAUUUGGAAGAGAUUUGCAGCUGAAUUUAUAGAUUCAACGAUGCUGUUUCUCUUGAAGUUUUCCAUUACUUUCAUCGCAAUUGAUGUCUUCGAUUUUAUAGACAUCGAAGACUUAGAUUUGUUACAAACAAAUUUACGUAUUGAUUAUAAAAUGGCUCUGGAAAUGACUUAUGGAAUUCUGAUUCUAGAAGUAAUUCAUCGCGUGAUAGUUUGUAUCUUCGAGGCCUUUUGGCUUCAGCAUGGAGUAUACGGUCUUAUCGGAGGUGCUACUCCCGGCAAGUACAUGAUGGGUUUACGGGUGGUUCAGUGCCGAAGUAUAACCCCCGUUGAACGUCCGAAUGAGCCGGAUAUGGUCCUGGUGAGCCCUGGGACCGAUCUGGGCCUACCAUUGGCCUUGGGUCGAUCAAUGGUGAAGAAUUUUGUGCUAGCAUUCAUAUUUCCCAUUUGCUUUUCCCUGUUCUUCUUCAGGUUUAAUAGAACCGGUUACGAUUUGAUCUGUCACUCUAUCGUUAUAGAGGAUCCUUACAGAAAUAACAAUCGACAACACCAGGAGUAAUUUGUUUAAGGGAUACUGAGAGAUGUUGGAAUUCUCUGUGAUGUGUACAUAAUGCUGUAUGUGCUUCUCUUGUACCAAAUGCAUGCGGGUUCAUGUGUAUGGCGUGUAUAUAUAAUAUAUAUAUAUAUAUAUAUAUAUAUAUGUGUAAAAAAUAAAGAUUAUCAUUGCGGCUA